AUGAUGUUCGGUGGUAGUGGUAGUUCUCAACCAAUUAUGGUUCUAAAUGCAAAUACAAAACGAGAUCAAGGAAAAAAAGCUCAAUUCAGCAAUGUUUACGCUGCUAAAACGAUUGCCGAUACAAUUCGUACCUGUCUUGGUCCACGAGCAAUGCUCAAAAUGGUACUUGAUCCUAUGGGUGGUAUUGUUUUAACAAAUGAUGGCAAUGCUAUUUUACGUGAAAUACAAGUACAACAUCCGGCUGGUAAAUCUAUGAUUGAAAUAAGUCGAACACAAGAUGAAGAAGUCGGUGAUGGUACAACAAGUGUAAUUAUUUUAGCUGGUGAAUUAUUAGCACAAACUGAACAGUAUCUUCAACAAGGUUUACAUGCAACAGUAAUUAUUCGUGCAUAUCGAAAAGCACUUGAAGAUUGUAUUGAUAUAAUGAAAACAAAAGCUAGUAUACCAGUUGAUAUUAAAAAUCGUAAUGAAAUGUUACGUGUUGUUAAAAGUUGUAUUGGAACAAAAUAUUUAUCAAGAUGGAGUGAUUUGGCUUGUCAAAUAUCACUUGAUGCUGUACAAACGAUAAUGAUUGACGAAAAUGGACGACGAGAAAUUGAUAUUAAACGAUAUGCUCGUUUUGAAAAAAUACCAGGAGGUUCAGUAGAAGAUUCAUAUUUACUUAAAGGUACUAUGCUUAAUAAAGAUGUUGUUCAUCCCAAAAUGAAAAGACGAAUUGAAAAUCCACGAAUUGUUUUACUUGAUUGUUCACUUGAAUAUAAAAAAGGUGAAAGUCAAACAUCACUUGAAUUUAGUGGUGAACCCGAUUUUACACGUAUGUUACAAUUGGAAGAAGAAAGUAUUCGUGAAAUGUGUCAAGAUAUCAUUGCUGUUAAACCUAACGUUGUUGUUACAGAAAAAGGAAUAUCUGAUGUUGCUGCUCAUUAUUUGGCUGCUGCCGGAAUAUCAGCUGUACGUCGUACGAAGAAAUCAGAUAAUAAUCGAAUUUCACGAGCAACAGGUGCAACAAUUGU